CAAUAAUCCCAAAGAUAUACUUAAUUGAAGUAAAACUGAAGCAAACUACGUUUCCGGAAAAUGUUCAAACCUAAUCUUAUGUUGAGAAGUUUGCGUAGCGGACCAGUCUCGAGAAUUAUGACUCGUCCAAGAAGUCCCAUCUUCAAAAGAUUUCAAUCCAGCAUUAAGACUGAACCAAAUCCUAGUGGGAAAAAACCAACUGGUAUGAAAGCUUUAAUGAAAGAGUAUGGAUAUUCAGCAUUGGGUGUUUAUUUAUUAUUGACGGCAGUUGAUUUACCUAUAUGUUAUGUUGUUGUUCAUUCAAUGGGACAAGAAGAGAUUCAAAGACUUGAGAAUAAGGUUAAGCAAUUUUUUGGAUUUGGUAAAAGUGAUGACGAAUUAUCAAAGAUGCAAGAAAUAAAUAAGAUCCAAGAAGAAGUUGAUCAAUCCAAUGAUCAAAAGAAUCCAGAAGGCCAAAGUAUGCUUUCUUAUAUUUCAAGUCAAUUUUCAUGGACCGAAUUUGCCAUAGCCUAUGGGAUUCAUAAAUCUUUAAUUUUCAUUAGAUUACCAAUUACUGCUGCAAUAACACCCGGUAUUGUCAAGAUAUUAAGAAAUUGGGGGUUUAAGAUCGGCACUGACAAAUUAGCAGCUACUGCUACUUUAGCUAAAAAUACAGUUAAGGAUAUAACUGCAUCCAAUCCAAAAUUUGGUACCAAAGCUACUAAAAAGAGAAAGUGGUUUAGUUGGUUUUUCUAAAGAAUCUCAUACUUGUAAAUAGACGAUAAUAUAUGACUUAUGUUUUUGGAAAGAGAAC